AUGGCAUCAGUAUCUCCAAGUCAUUCCCCGGCUCCUACUCAGGUGGUGGAGAAAGGCGCGUACUCUGGGGAAGUCCAUAACGGGUCCUAUAGCCAGGAUAAAUUAAUUCUGGGUGAAGAAAGCCACGUUACCAUAACGCAGGCUCAAGAACCUCUCUGGUGUCGGAUUCGAUAUAAGCUACGAGAGCCAUUUUCUGAGUUUGUUGGCGUCUUUAUGAUCGUUCUUUUUGGAGAUGGAUCGGUGGCCCAGGUUAUUCUAAGUAAUAGAAAGAACGGCGAUUAUCAGUCAAUUAGCUGGGGCUGGGGCCUUGGUGUGAUGCUCGGCGUCUACUGCUCAGGUAUAUCAGGGGCGCAUCUAAACCCGGCCGUCACCCUUGCAAACUGCAUAUUUCGUAAAUUCCCCUGGAGAAAGUUCCCCAUCUAUGUGCUCGCCCAGACCCUGGGUGGGUUCGUUGCCUCUGGGGUGGUUUAUGCGAAUUACAUGUCCGCCAUUGACGUCUUCGAAGGAGGCGUUGGUAUUCGCACCGUGGGCCUCGAAACAUCCACUGCGGGAAUCUUCUGUACAUAUCCAGUCGACUUCCUGAACAAAACAGGCCAGGUUUUCUCGGAAGUCAUCGCCAGCGCGAUCCUGAUGUUCUGCAUUUUUGCUUUGCUCGACAAUGAUAAUAACGGUGCCCGCAACCUCACGCCAUUGGGAUUGUUUUUCGUGAUAUUUGGCAUUGGCGCAUGUUUUGGUUGGGAAACAGGAUAUGCGAUCAAUCUUGCGCGAGAUUUUGGGCCUCGCUUGAUGUCUUAUAUUGUAGGAUACGGCCAUGAAGUAUGGUCUGCUGGGAAUUAUUACUUUUGGGUCCCAAUGGUUGCACCAUUCAUUGGAUGUACGCUGGGAGGAUUCCUAUAUGACGUCCUGCUGUAUACAGGGCCUAGUCCCAUCAACGCCCCAUGGAUGGGGUUCGAUCGUCUACUGCGACCCACGCCUGAAGUAUGGUCGAACACAAAAUCGGACACUUAUGCUUAG